GAAUCGUUCACAGCACAACCGUCUUGAGCACAGGAACUAUGCCGCGGGGCCGGCCUCGCAAACUGAACCUAGAUAGAAAGGACGAAACAGGUUUCAGUGAUGGGUCGCGGGAAAAGAAGUGCACCAUUUGCUCCCAGACCUUCACCAAAGAGAGCAAGCUACAGAAACAUCUCCGUGAACAUGAGCUUAACGAUAAGCCUCACCGCUGCGACCAGUGCCCGCAGACGUUCAACGUGGAGUUCAACCUCACGCUGCACAAGUCCACACACAACACCGCCAACUUCACCUGCCCCGUCUGCAACAAGAAGUUCUCCCGCGUCGCGGGCCUUAAAUCCCACGUCAUGCUGCACAAGAAAGAGGAGAACCUCAUCUGCUCGGAGUGCGGCGACGAGUUCGUCCUCCAGAGCCAGCUCUCGCUGCACAUGGAGGAGCACCGGAAGGAGCUUUCGGGCAUUAAGGUGUACACCUGCAAAACCUGCAGCAAGGAGUUCAAGACGUUCGUGCAGCUGAGGGAGCACACAAAGAGUCACGUCAAGAUGAGGGCGCUGUCCUCUAGCUCCAGAAACUACAAGAAAAACAUCGAUCGCAGCGGGUUCACAAACAGCUGCCAUCACUGCGGAAAGGCCUUCAAAAAACCCAGCCAGCUUGUCAGGCACAUACGAAUACACACGGGUGAAAGACCCUACAAGUGCACCCAUUGCAACAAGGCUUUCAACCAGAAGGUGGUGCUGCAGACCCACAUGGUGAAACACACGGGAGAGAAACCUCACAUGUGCAUGUUCUGCCCAGCAUCCUUCUCCCAGAAGGGCAACCUGCACUCUCACGUUCAGAGGGUUCAUUCUGAGACCAAAGGGGUACCUCUAUUCCCAUGCAUGGACUGCAGCUGUGUAUUCAAGAAGCUGGGGAGCCUGAAUGCCCACAUCAGCAAGAUGCACAUCUCUGUGAUCGAGGUGACGUCCAGCACUUCUGAGACCGAGACAACAGGUCAGACAGUGGGGGGUCCGGGGGGUGGCGAGGGGGUGACAGAUGUCAUCCAGCAGCUCUUGGAGCUGUCGGAGCAGGUCAGUGGGGAGACGGCUCAACCUCAGGCUCCGGAGCCAACUAUUGCCAUGGAAACUGCAAUCAACCAGGACAUCCUGCAGCAAGCUUUGGAGAACAGUGGUCUGAGUGUCGUCCAGCCGCAGAGUGACGCCCCAUCCGGAGAAUCUCAGAAUCCGAGCACAGAGGGCACUGCUUCAGAGAGCAAGAAAGCAGAGUUCCCAGACAAAUCACUAAGGGAGAAGAGGAGGAGCAUUUUUAAGAAGCCUAUACAAAUGCCAGGCUCGAUCAGGGAAGAGGACGGUGUGCGCUGGCACGGCUGCCCUUACUGCGCCAAAGAGUUCAAGAAGCCCAGCGACCUCGUCCGCCACAUUCGCAUCCACACCCACGAGAAACCCUUCAAGUGCAAACAGUGUUUCAGAGCUUUCGCUGUGAAGAGUACUCUCACAGCGCACAUGAAGACACACACAGGCAUCAAGGCCUUCGAGUGUCAGUGCUGUCUGAAGCGCUUCUCCACUUCAGGCAGCAUGAAAGUGCACAUGCGGCUGCACACAGGCGUGCGUCCUUUCCCCUGCCCUCACUGUGACAAGAUCUUUCGCACAUCCGGUCACAGGAAGACGCACAUUGCGUCACACUUCAAAAGCCUGCAGCAAAAGAAGAACAGAUUUCAACGGAAAGCCAACAAAGCCAAAGCCUCCAAGAACAUCCUACCUCUGCCCGACAUCCCCUUGCAGGAACCCAUCCUCAUCACGGAUUACGGCCUCGUCCCCUCCCAGAAUCCCCGCCUUGCUUUUCAGCAGUUCCUGGAAGUUGUGGGCAACGACAGGCCGUACAAGUGCCAGUACUGCAGCAAGGCCUACAAGAAGUCAAGCCAUCUAAAACAACAUGUCAGGUCUCACACAGGAGAAAGGCCGUACAAGUGCAUCCAGUGCAGUCGAGGUUUCGCCUCCUCCGGAGUCCUCAAAGCUCACAUCCGAACGCAUUCGGGCCUAAAGGCGUACAAGUGUCUGGUGUGUGACACAACGUUCACCACCAGCGGGAGCCUGCGGCGCCACAUGACCACUCACAGCGAACUCCGACCUUACAUGUGCCCCUACUGCCAGAAGACGUUCAAGUCGUCACCCAACUGUAGGAAGCACAUGAAGACGCACAGGUAUGAACUGGCCCAGCAGCUGCAACCACAGUCAGGAGAGGACCCGCUGGGAACAGGCGCCGUUACCCAUGACAUGCCUGUGGAAAUGGAGGCGGAGUCUCUCCAGCAGGCUGCCACUACUGCAGCAGAGCAGCAAGGCAUGCUGGGACUGGGCCAGGCAGAGGUUGUGAAUGGAGGCCAGCAAGUAACACUCGAUGCCCCUUUGGCUGACCAGCCACUAGUUCAAGGCGAAGACUCGUAUGUGACCACUCAACAUGCUUUGCCGCAGAAUAUCGGUCAGUUUGAGACACAGACACUACCUCAGUCUACCUUUGACCAGCAAAGUCUAACACAAGGCUUCACCAUACCCGAGCCGAGCUACAACCAGCCCCAGUUCUCCGCUGUCCAGCAGCUGCAGGAUUCCAGCACACUUGAGUCCCAGGCUCUGUCUUCCAGCUACCAUCCUCCAAACCUGCUCCACGUCCCCAGCUCAGAAGUUACAAACGGACUUCUUCAGGAGAGCAGCCAGGCUGAUCUCCAGCUGCCUACAGAAGCAGCAGACUACCAGGAAGACGGUGAAGACAACACAAAGAGAGCCUACAGAUGCAGCUGGUGCUCCAAAGCUUUCAAAAAGUCGAGCCAUCUGAAGCAGCACAUCCGAUCCCACACCGGGGAGAAACCGUACGCAUGUCACCUCUGCGGACGAGGUUUUGUUUCCGCUGGAGUGCUGAAGUCCCAUCUCAACACACACACAGGGAUGAAGCCGUAUAAGUGUGACGUUUGUGAAGCUUCUUUCACCACUAACGGAAGUCUGAGUCGGCACGCGUUUAUCCACAGCAAGUCAUUCAAAUGCUCCAUGUGUAACGAGUGCUUCCGCACCAGUCUGUUUUGUAAAAGGCAUAUGAAGAAGGAGCACGGUGUGGAGGAAAAAGUUGUAGAUCUCGAGCCUCAAGACGAGGACGAUGAUGACGACGAAGACGAGGACGGAGAUCAAAAAACGUCCAAAAGGAGGAGUUUGGAGAUCAUUACUUUCACCGAGGAGCAGACAGCCGAGCUGGCCAAGGACCCCGGAGAGGAGGCCUCUGUGUCGGAGCGGAUCCUCGCCCAGUCAGCGGCCGAGAGGGAUCGCAUCAGCGAGAUCAAGGACAAAGUGGUGGAGCUGGAAACCGAACCCAAGUUUGCCAACUGCUGCAGUUACUGCCCCAAGAGCUUCAAGAAACCCAGCGACCUCGUCAGACACAUCAGGAUCCACACAGGUGAAAGACCCUACAAGUGUGACGAAUGUGGGAAGAGUUUUACGGUGAAAUCAACCCUCGACUGCCAUGUGAAAACACACACAGGUCAGAAACUGUUCAGCUGUCAUAUGUGCAACACCUCCUUCUCCACGAAGGGCAGCCUGAAGGUGCACAUGCGCCUCCACACGGGCUCCAAGCCCUUCAAGUGUCCCUUCUGCGAACUGCGCUUCAGAACCUCGGGCCACCGCAAAACCCACAUCCAGUGCCACUUCCGGCCCAACAGCGACAGCCGCAAAUCCAAGCGCUCCUCCGCCGGCCACUCCAGACACAGCCAGGACUCAGGGACCGGGCAGACCAGGGCCUCCGGUCAGAGCCAGCACCCGGCGGCUUCGGAGCCGCUUCAGCCUGUGGGUCUGCUGCAGACGCCCAGCUCUGACCCCAGCAUCUACCUUCCGGCCAGUCAGGUUUUGAGCGGACAGUUUGACCAGAACCUGCUGCAGCCGGGCCUCGUAAGCCAGGCCAUCCUGCCAGCCUCUAUGUCAGCUGCGGGAGACCUCACCGUUUCCCUCCCGGACGGCCUGACCACGCUGGACGGCAUCCACCUCCAGCUGACCCCGGCCAGCCUGGUGUGCCCCAACGUGCAGAUUUCUGGCAUCGACACGAGCAACAUCACACUCCAGAUCGACCCCGCCCUCCUCCAGCAGACCUUACAGCAGGGCCUGCUCUCUCAGCCCCUGAGCGUCGACACCAGCCUGGUCUCUCACUCCGCCAACCAGCUAAUGUCGACCUCCGACCCCUCGGUGUCUGCCAACGUCGUCAUCCACCCUCUGACAAGCCUGUCAAUGCAGCCGCCCACCAUCUCCUCCCCCCAGGUCUCUAUGGCCGGACUGCCUGAGCAGGACGUCACGGGUCCCCAGGACCUGAACCACGUCAUGGGCAACGCUGGGCUCGUGGCGGGAAGCAACAGCAGCCAGGAGAUCACUCUGACCAUCAACAACUCCAGCCUCACGCAGGCUCUCGCUCAGGUCCAGGCUCAGGCCUCGGCGGCCGGUUCCAGCGCCGCGCCGGGAAACCCUCAGGAGAUCACGCUCACCAUAUCAGGUCAAGAUCUGCUCCCCCAGCAUGGCAGCUCCAACGGCGCAGAGCUAAACGGCAGCAUCGGGCUGGCCUCGCCACUCAGCAGCCAACCCACCAGCGCAACGAUGACCAUCACCAAUGACCACCUUCUACCUCAGAGCCCAGCCAGCACCGGGAUGGCAGUAACCAGUUUGGCUCCCAGCACCACUUUGUCCCACACUGCUGCGUCCAAGAGCUUAGUGAUGUCACCAGGGGGUGUGGCCAGCGACGGCAGCGUCACCCUGACCCUCACGGACGCUCAGGGCAUGCUGGACGGUGUCACUCUAAACCUCAGUGCACAGGGUCAGACGUUUCCUGCUGUGCUAAAUGAGACUGGCAUACCAGGACAAUCGGCCAGUUCAAGCCAGCAGGUCUUACUGGUCAGCCACCAUUCCCAAUCCACGAAUGGGGCAUCUGACAAUGGAUAUUUUAAUCCUGCUGACGGGGGGAAAGGUGGGAAAGACUCCCAGUUGGACAUGGAAAGCAGGAACCAGUGUUAUUACUGCAACCAGCUGUGCGAGAACGCCAACGCGCUGCGGCGGCACUGCAAACAGGCUCACGGCAAGGACCGCUGCCACGUCUGCGGCGUCUGCAAAAAGGCUUUCAAGCGAGCUACACACCUCAAGGAGCAUGAGCGUGUGCACCAGCCGGGCCCUUCACCCAGCUCCCAGAAGCCCAGAGUCUUCAACUGUACGUCUUGUGCGAAGGCGUUCGCAAAGCGCAGCCAGCUGGAGAGACACAACCGAACACACACAGGCGAGCGGCCCUUUAAGUGCAGCCAGUGCGACAAGGCCUUCAACCAGAAGAGCGCUCUGCAGGUCCACAUGGUCAAACACACGGGAAAGAAGCCCUUUAAGUGCGAGGUGUGCAGCAUCAGCUUCACGCAGAAGAGCAACAUGAAACACCACAUGAAGAGAUCCCACGGAUACGCCGCUACAGGUCAACUACAAGACGUGUCCCUCGGCCAGGACGAGCCGGCGCCUCAGCUGGACCUGGAAGUGGUUCCGGAACCCACCGGAGACUGGCACAACGUGUUCCCCUGACUGCGCUCGUAGAGUUUCGCAGCGAGAGUUUGCCGAACGUCUAAAUGGGGAGAGGACAAAAAAAAGAAAGCUUUCUGACUUUAUAAAUAAGUUCGAAGGGAGGCUUCGUCCGCCGCCUUGCUGCUUUGUCAUAAUUAGCGGUGAAGUGAAGGGAGCGCGCGCCUCUCCCGCAUCGCAGGAAGAGCUUAGUGACUUUUAUCUGUUUGGCUGCUCUCUGAUUAUCAUCGGCCUCCGGAGAGGCGUGGCUCAAUCAGCCAGAGCUCCCCAGAGAGAGAUGGGCGCUCGGCAGCCCGACCGUCGACAAGAACGACGGUCGCACAGAGAAACGGAGUCUGUUACAUACCGACGUAACAGAGAGACGGGAGGCAAGCCACAUUCGCCGUCACGGCCGACUGGUUACCACCGAUUUAUGAAAUAUUUGUCACUUUUUUUGACAUGUUUAUACUGUAAAUACCACGCCUGGAAGUGAUGUCAUUUUCAGCCCGUUCGACGAGGGAGGCCGACCUCUCGGCGAUGUCAUGAUUUGAGUUUGCUGCUGUGUCGUUUGGACCGACAUCGGCAGCUCGUUUACUGUAGUUACAGCAGCGUUGUAAAUACUGCAGCUAGAAGGCGUAUAUUUUCUGAAAAACACUGGGAAAAAACGGAUUGUUUGCAUAAAUGUAAUUUUAGCACAUUGUUAUCAAGUAAAGCCAAGAUGGUA